AUGCUCAUUUGGCACGUUGUAUGGAAAUUCUCAUGCUGGCUCCUCUGCCAAGCUGUACGUGACACGAGCUCUGGCAAUCACUUACCGGGUUCCGUCCCUUUGGCAACUCCACCGGCGACUCUUGAGAAUGUCGCGCAGUGUCCCGCAGCAGCACUGAGCCUUGGCUUGAUCACCUUGCAGUGCAGCUCUUUCUCAGACGCGGUGAGCAAGCUGGACGUCCGGUCGUUAGUGUUGGGGCAGCCGAGCUUUACCUUCCUUCGCUCCAGGGAGUUCUUUCUCUCCAAGACGGCAGCUUGUGAUGAACCUAUGAGCGGCAUGAAGUUGCUAAAGGUGAAGAAAUCACUUGAGGCCAAGCGGGCCCAGCUGGCGCAGCGCUUCAGGGUGAAGCAAGCAAAGACCAUUCUCCAGGCCGCAGCCCAGAAUAAGCUUUCAACGAAGACCAUCCAGGAUGCUCUGCUCGGGGUGCAGGGAGAAGAGGAAUCCACCCCUGCAGUGGAACUCCACAUGAUGCCGGAAGACCCCUUCAACAUCAGCUCCAAAUGGUCAGCACUCCUGGUGCCCACCAUCCGAGAAGCAUUUGACACGUGGUAUCUCUGCCAGCCUACAGCCGGGCCUACAGCAUCCUCCCCGCUCGGCCACCCGCGCUGUGUUGCACAGCUGCCUUUUGAGGCCCGGCCUUGGUACCUCAGCUCCCUUUGUGGGAGCUGGUACUCGCAGCUGGACCGCCACCGCUCCUCUCCCGUGCGAUUGUUGCUGCUCAUGGAGGCGAUUCUGGCGCUGGGCUCCCUCCUUUUGGUUGCCCUUGUUGCCCUUGCGGUCUACUGCUGGAAUAUGCGCGAAGAUGCAGAGCCCUCACCUCUUGCAUGUGAGGAUUGGACUUUUCCAUCCAAGCUUCGACUAACUCAGCAUGCUUUCCUGUUCGAUGACUCGGGGGCCCAGCUUCCUGGAGAUCCACUAGAUGCAGGAAGCUGCGUCGAGGUUCAGCAAGCGUGCGAAAGCUCUGUGGCGCUACCAUACAGCUAUCUUGUUUUCAAGGACCUCACUGAGCUUGGCAAGAAGCUUCGGGGCAAACCCACAAGAAAGCUUUGGGGACGAACGGCGGAGCCUGCUGGAUGGCUUUUGCUGGCCCAGGAAGGCGACAGCUUGCCGAGAGCGCUACCAUCAGACUCGGAAGCUCGGGCUGUUUUCCAUGCGCAUCCCGAGUUGAUGCCUCGAUUUUCUGUACUGUUGAGGGGUAGCCUCGUUCUGCUCGCAGUGCACACAUCUACGCAGUGGCUGCUGGUCGAGUACUUCACCAAGUCAACCUCCUUACCUGUUCUGAUGAUGCUCGUUUUCGGUACUGUAGCUACGCAUGUGCUUGUCCUGCUCCAGCGCCACGCAACGCUAGCGCUGGGCGUGCAGUAUGAGGAAGUUCUGCGGAGCAGCCGACAACUGCUGCGAUUGCCCAGAGCGAAUUGGCCGAUUCUGCUGGCCUUCCUGUUGCUCCAGGCUGCCAUGGCAGGUACCAUCAUCAUGAAACUGCUAGCUGGAUAUGCACGAAAGCCCUUUGUGGAGCUGGGUUUCCUGGCAGGGAUGGCCAUGCACACGAAGGCAAUGUAUGACACCUGCGCUGGGCGGCAGAAGUGGCGGGAGCCACAGCUGGCAAGCCAGGAGGUGUACGGUGCUGCUAUAGAGGUUAUGGCAAGCACUGACACGCCCGUCAGCCUUGCCCCAGGACAAGUGAAGAAGCUGGCCCACAUGUGGACUAUCACAGGUAGCACCAGUCUGAUAGCCUUCAUGCUGGUGGCCCGAGUGAUGCUGGACGUCCUACAGCUACGUGGCGAGCUUGUGGAUUACAGCGUGAGUCGUGGUAAGUUGGCUUAUAUGGCUGGCAGCCAUGCUCUCCACAAUACGCUCCUCCUUGACCAGAAUGCGGAUUCACUUAUGCUGAACGUGCAGCUGGGUGAGUUCACGCAUGGGGUCCUGAUCAAGACGGAGCAUCCUCUUCUGCCUGCUGAUGACACGGCCCUGAUUCUGAAUGAGUCAGGGGAGCAGCAGAUUUCGCUUCCUGGUGGCCCGUUGUAUUCUCGUUUGUCGCUUCUUGCAAUGGGGGACUAUGUCAACACCACCUACAUAAUCCACAUCCUGCGUGUCGGGGAAGCGAUCUCCGUCUCUUUAACUAGCACCUUCAACGCCGGCAAGUAUCCGGAGUUGAAGGGCAGCCUCUUCCAUGAGGAGCGCCGGCUCCAGUACCAGCUUGAGCAUCGCGCCUGGCAUGUGCCUGACGUUGACCUUGCCAACACCACCUUGCUGGUGAAGAUGACUUCAUUGGCUUAUGCACCCAUGAUCUUCGGUGCCGAUGGUGAAACUGCAACGAUCCCACAGUUGGCCAGCGAGUGCCAUUGCCAGCCAGAGAUUCCAGGCUUUGGCAGUGCCUGCGUCUCCGAGCAUCAAUUGAGGGUCGCAGAUGCGGAUUUCUGCGUCUACCAGCGCCGUGCAGAAGAAGAGGUUCACCCAUAUCAAGGUGAAGCUGGUGUUGCUGGCAAAGACAGCGGAAUACUGCAAUGGUUGCAGGACCUGCAGUUUAGCGGCAAGUCGGUUCGAGUGACACCAGGGGCCAGCCUCGAUGCAAGAGUCAAGAGCAACUACAGCACAACCACCAUCUUCAGCCUGACGAGUAGCCUGGUUUCACUGAUCGGCGACAACAGCGCCAUAGAGAUCAUGGCCACCCAAGACUUGACCAGUUCCGAGGCACUCAAGGUACCGGUCAUGGUGGUCUCCGGUGCCCCACAGCCAAUCCUCGAGCAUAAGGGCCAAGUCGCGCCAACAGCUUCCUUCCUCAUCCCGAAAUUUAAUCCUGUGGAUGUGCGCACCGACUACGCGGUUUGUGGCGGGAGAGCUUCCGUUGACCACGUUCGGGCAUAUGUAGCAGAUAUUCGCUUCGAAGUCGUACAUGAAGAUGUGCAGGAGCCGGGAACAUGUCACAGCAGCCGCCCGGACACACGGCGUGAAUUUCGAAGCAUUCGCAGGAGCACCUCUGGCUGCCAGGGCUGGUGUCACCAUUAUAUACCACGGGUGUUGCACUAUGAUGUUGUAGCUACUUCUUCGCCGAGCGUGUGCCUCCAGCUGGCUCUGGAACUUGGAGAUGCGUCAGCCUUGCAAAACACGAUGAUUAUGACUGCAGGUCGUGACUCCAACCGUUGCCUAGAUGAAGGAUGGAUGAACCAGGCAAUACGAUUGAACUUCUCUGAGGGCGUUAAGGAGCUGCUGCGUGGGAAGGCCAGCCCAGACAGCAACUUCUCAGGCGUGACCCCUUUGCAAACUGCAGCUGCUAGUAACAACAUUCCCUUCAUUGAGUUGCUGUUGGAUCGGAAAGCCAGCGUGAAUGCCCGGACCGGUCAAGGCACAGCUUUGGUGGCUGCCGGCAGUCAGUGCCAGAUACAGGCCAUGGAAGUCCUCAAGAACGCCGGCGCCACUGCCGGCAUCCCCCCAGCUGCAAAAGCUUCAGAGUGCAGCCGCUCAGCUCUCGUAGAGGUGAUCAAGGAGCAUGCCAUGAACACGAAGGCAUGCCAGCAGGCGAGCGCAAAAGCGGACGUAGGGAACCACACACGGUUGUGGGAUGUUGUCAGCAUCCUCAAGAAGAUGGCGCCCGGGGCUUCGGAUGAUUGCCGAGGCGCCGCACUCCUGGAGGCGAUCAAGAAGUCCGACCUGGUGGCUGUCAGAGUUCUCCUGGAUGGUACGGUGGAUGUGGACAAGAUUGCAGGACGACCGCUGGCCACCUUCCUGGGGAACUUCAUAAGUGGGAGCACGCCGCUCAUCACCGACACCUUCUUCCUGGAUGUGCUUCCUCUUCUACAUGCACACGGCAUGGACAUCAACUUGGAAGAUGACGCUUUGCUGCCCGUGGCAGCUUCCCGCUGCAACGUUUUGAUGGUCAAGAAGCUGUUGAUACUAGGUGCCGAGCCCGAGUCCACGAGCCUCGGGGACACCGCGGCUGACAAUGCACAGCAGUGCAAGGAGGCUGAGAAGCAGGCUAUCCUCGCCGCGUUGGAGUCCAAGGAUCACCCUUAG